CGCCGGUUUCGACAGGGCUGCUUGAUUGCUGCAAAGAACCACCAUUGUCGCUUGCCUUGUUUGUUCCUUGGUUGAUGGAAGGCGGGAAGCAAACAUUAUUCUUAACCCACAUGUCGUCGUUUGCGCAAGUAAUGCUGCAUAGAUCGAGUCAAUCCCGCAACAAUGGAGACAGAUUGGGAUGAGGUCGCUCGCGUUGUGCUUCCUCCGCCUAGUCCAAAUGCUUUGAACACACCAAUCAGCACCUUUUCUUUUGAUUCUAUGCAAGAGCUGCUAUGGGCCGCAAAUGAAUUUGGUAGGAUAACAUCAUUUUACGGACCCGAGCUGCAAAGAUACACCUCCUACCGCGGCCAUGCCCCCUCCGAAGGUCCUGUCAAGCAGAUGCUCAUGUGCGAUAGAGGUGUCAUAUCAAUUACAGCAAAGAGUGUGCAUCUGGCUUCACGGAAAGGAGUGACUCAAUGGCAUUUCAACCAAGACGACAUGAAGGAUCUGCGGUGUAUGGCAUUCACCUCGAAAGGUGUCCAUGAGGUCUUGGUCGCCGGCUGCCAGGAGACCAUGUACAAGAUUGAUGUGGACAAGGGUGUCAUCACUUCAACACUCAAAGCCGAUGCACCAUAUACCUUGAUGAAACGCGGCGGUCAGUACAUCUGUGCUGGUACGGCUGACGGCUACGUUCAUUUCCUGGAUCUCAUCAACUACAAGGUCGCUAGAACAUGGAAAGCACACUCAGCACUCAUUAACGACAUGGACGCCAGAUCUGACGUACUUGUUACUUGCGGAUGGUCAUCAAGGCCACAGCAUGGCUAUAUGUUGGACCACUUGGCGAACGUCUUUGACCUGAAGACUAUGAUGCCCCUUCCUCCGGUACCAUUUCCUCCAGGCGCUGCCUUUGUAAGGAUGCAUCCAAAGAUGUCGACUACUUGUAUGGUUGCGUCUCAAGGUGGACUGAUCUAUGCAAUCGACAUCAUGAACCCAGAUGCUCCUAGUAUGCGGCAUGCAAACGUCUUCGACACCCACAUUACAUCCUUAGAUAUAGCACCAUCAGGAGAUGCUUUGGUGCUCGCAGAUGCUCAAUGCGCUAUGCAUCUUUGGGGGUCACCCAACAAAAUCCAGUUUACCGAAUAUGGAAGUCCGACCGAAUUCGCUGAUCAGCCUGCUCCAACACCACAAAUGGACUGGUCUGCAGACAUCCCAUUGAACCUCAUUGGUAUGCCUUACUACAGAGAGAUGCUAUUCUCCGCUUGGCCAAGUCACCUUGUUUCUGAAGUUGGAGCACCACCGAGCAAGAUUGAUGCCGGCAUACUCGCCUCUUUGAAAAGAUCAGAUAUCGGAGGCUACGCAUCAUUCCCGCGUAAGACGCGGAGAUACCAGUUUGAGGAUACCAGAGCUGUUCAACGAGCACACGAUACACUCUCUGCGCCCAGGUUUCUCAGUGAGCGACAAAAAGACGAUUCGCAAGGUCAUGACGGCCCUCGACGAAUGUCAGAUGCACUUGAAGCAUUGGGUGACCUGGCUCUUGGCGGCGCAACACGAAGAGAUGUCCCAGUCAUGUAUCGAAAUGUCGAGAUCAAAUAUAGUAAAUUUGGUGUAGAUGAUUUCGAUUUUGAGUACUACAACAAAACGAAGCACUCUGGACUGGAGACUCAUAUCGCCAACUCAUACACGAACCCACUCUUGCAACUUCUACGCUUCACGCCAACAAUUCGUAAUCUUGCCCUCCAUCACACAGCCACUUCUUGUCUGUACGACAAUUGCUUACUCUGCGAGAUGGGCUUCCUGACAGACAUGCUUGAAAAGGCUGCAGGUAUGAACUGUCAAGCCAGCAACUUCCUCAAGGUCUUCAGCAGUUCGUCAGACGCUUCAACGCUAGGGUUGCUCGAACAGUUCGCCGCUGCAAAUAAUCCGCUGUCCGUCACAAUACAAGCAGCAAACAGAUUCUUGCUCAAGACGUUCUGUGACAGCUUCCGACAGCUACCACCUCAUAAUAGACACAUGGAGCAGUCUUUGACCACUGGCGCCUUGCUUGCAAUACGAUGCGGGCAUUGCGCCAACGAAAUGCUCAAGCCAGGCGAGACUCUCGUUCAUGACCUGGUAUACCCUCCGAAACCCCUGAAACAUCACCCUCGCAUGGCAACACCAAGGCCUGCGUUCUCCCAAGUCCUCAAAGCCAGUGUUGAGCGUCAAGAUCAGACCAGAGGCUGGUGCGACAGAUGCAAGCGGUACCAACAGCUGAGUACCCGCAAGACCAUCCAAAGUAUCCCCAAAGUCUUGAUGGUCAACACGGCCAUUCAUUCGCCAGACCACAAACAGCUAUGGUCAACGUCAGGGUGGCUGCCUCAAGAGAUUGGCGUUGUGGUACAGAAUGGUCAAUUCUUCUGCUACGAAGGAUCUGACCUCAAAUACCAUCUGCAGCGCGGCUUCUACGAUAUCAUGGUCUACGAGCUUGUUGGUAUGGUUGUUGAUAUCAACAGCGCAGACAACCAAAAGUCGCAUCUCGUGUCUUUGAUCAAUGUUGCACCAUCUUCGCCCGACCCAGCUGAUCAAGACCAAUGGCACCUGUUCAAUGACUUCCUUGUCAGAUCUACCACUUCCGAAGAAGCUCUUCGAUUUGAUAUGAAUUGGAAACUACCGUCCAUUCUUACCUACCAAGCCAAGUCGGCGUCUCACGUCAUUGACGAUUCUUGGAAAGAAAACCUUGACCCAUCACUACUCUAUUAUGUCCCCAGAGGGCCACACAAAACACCGGACCCUACGGUACUGCGCAAUCUCAACCCGACGACCGAGAUGCCCCGUGCUGGCAUGCCAUGCGCGAUCGACGCUGAGUUCGUCGCUCUCUCCAAGGCAGAGAUUGACAUCAAAGCGGAUGGUACGCGUGAGACGGUCCGGCCUCCACGACUUGGCCUGGCUCGUGUAUCGGUUUUAAGAGGAGCUGGUCCCUACGAGGGCCUGCCAUUCAUCGACGACUAUAUCGCCAGCUCUGAGCCCGUGGUCGACUACUUGACUGCAUACUCAGGCAUCAGCCCUGGUGACCUCGACCGCGCCGUCAGCAAACAUAACUUGGUCAAUCUGAAGGUGGCUUACAAAAAGCUUUGGUUAUUGCUCAACUUGGGUGUUGUGUUUGUCGGUCAUGGUCUACCCAAGGAUUUCCGCAUCAUCAAUAUACAUGUACCGCGAGCUCAGGUCGUCGACACUGUUGAUCUUUUCUCACAUCGCCUCCGCAGUCAGCGCCGUCUCUCGCUGCGUUUCUUGGCUUGGUAUCUGCUCAGAGAAGAGAUUCAACAAGACGCGGACAAGGGUCAUGACAGUGUGGAAGACGCCCGUACAGCACUGAAGCUAUGGCGCAAAUACCAAGAAUUCAUGGACGCCGGCAUCAUCGAGAACAUGCUCGACGACAUCUUCGACCGCGGCAGAGAAACAAACUUCAAGCCGCCAUCAGUUUACAAGACGGAAAGAGAGACAGGAGAAUGGAGGCCGGAGACUCCAGGACAUAUGAGCGUGCCUGGUACACCGGCUAGGAAGACUGUUGGACCUGCAUUGCUUGGAGGAGCCAACCAGACUCCCAUCAAGAAGGAUAUCUUUGGGAGUCCGAUAAGGUAGAUGCGAUGAGAUAGAAGACUUGUAGAUGGACUGCCAGUGAUUAGCACUGUCUUUUGACUAGAACAAAACUUUCAUUUUACUUCAUACUUUCCCGAACUCACACUCGCCAGUUUCGAGCAUAACUAGAGACUACGAAC